AUGGGUCAACAUACCGAGGAGGAUUUGUCCCUCGCGGCUGCGUUAUUAGCCUUGAGAGGAAUAUGGGCUCCAGGGCCGAAUUGGGCUAGGGCAUCGGCUUCGGCUGCGGCUCCCGGUUCCGCUCCAGCUCCAUCAUCGUCUCGGGUUCCAGACCCGGUCCCAGCUCAGGCUUCGCCCCCGGCACGGGCUUCAGCCCCAUCUCCGGCCCCAACAGAGGAAUUGGCCCAGGCUUCGGCCCAGGCUCCGGCACCAGCUCCGGCACAGGCACCAGCAAAUGAGGAAGAUAUUGAAGCAGAUCCAGAACCAGAAGUAGAAGAAGAAAAUGAAGAUUUCUGUCCGAGUGACUCGUCCUGGGAACCAAGUGAGGGGGACGCAGGAGAAUCUGAUGAGGAGAUAUCAGAAACCGACGAGAGGCCGAACCGUCGACGACGUAGAUCUAUUUCUCCAUCGGAGUUGAUGAAUAGACGACAAAUGUAUUGCAAUUUCCUCGAAGAUUUGCAAAGAACAUUGUAUAAGUUAUUCGGAGGUAACAUGUCGGCGUCGCCGAAGUCACCACCUCAGCUGGAGUCGCCGCAGUCUCCCCCUCUGGUGGAGUCACCGCAGUCUCCCCCUCUGGUUGAGUCGCCGAAAUCCCCCCCUCUGUUGGAGUCGCCCGAGUCCCCCCCUCAGUUGGAGUCACCGGAGUCCCCCCCUCAGUUGGAGUCACCCGAGUCCCCCCCUCAGUUGGAGUCACCCGAGUCCCCCCCUCAGUUGGAGUCGCCCGAGUCCCCCCCUCAGUUGGAGUCACCCGAGUCCCCCCCUCUGGUGGAGUCUCCGGAGUCCCCCCCUCAGUUGGAGUCACCGGAAUCCCCCCCUCAGUUAGAGUCGCCGGAGUCACCCCCUCAGUUUGAGUCACCGGAGUCCCCCCCUCUGGUGGAGUCACCGGAGUCCCCCCUCAUUGGAGUCGCCCGAGUCCCCCCUCAGUUCCCCCCUCAUUUGGAGUCGCCCGAGUCACCCCCUCAGUUUGAGUCACCGGAGUCCCCCCCUCCGCCUGAGUCGCCGGAGUCACCCGAAUCACCUCAGUUGGAGCCGCCGGAGAUACCCCAGCCGGAGGCGCCUGGCCUACCGAACGGUAUGGCUAGGGGUAACUACCGACCUCGCCCCAAUCGCCGCCGCCGCAGACACUCCGAUGAGGAGGAUAACGAGAUUAGAGGAAAGCGACGACAUUUGGAUGACUUAUCUAACAAUAAUAUCGGCCAAAGGCAAGAUAGUGAAACACAAUCAGAAUGGAUUAGUAUCGGCACCGGACAAACUAAAAUUCACAAAAGCAAGUAUUUCAAAGAAGAACCGGAAAAAUACAGUGCUGCUACAAGGCAUCUUCUGGUUGCAGUAUUUGGCAGAGAGGUUUUGUCGACUCAUUCCCUUACGGGAAAGAAAUCGCCAGCACAUCAAGACAAACCAGCCAAGCAAUGCUUAGACCCUAUUAAGGUAGGGGAUAUCAUAAAACAUGUUCGCGAUGCUUUCAAUGUAUCUGCCAGCGUGAUUCGGGGCACCAUUACCACUAAGUGCGCCGAUGAGUUUAAGAUGCGGAGAAUGCGUGAGCGACUCGCCAACCACCGAAGGGCCAACGUAAACCCACAAAACGAAAACGGUCCAUUGGAGAACCAACCAGUACCAGCAAACCAAGAAGAAGAACAAGAGAACAACUUGCAAGCUGCACCAGAGCCUGAAGAAAACCAAGAGGUUUAG